AUGGAGUCGGGAGUGCCGGCCGGAAAAACAGCAAUGGCUCCGCUGCUAGAGUAUGAGCGGCAGCUGGUGCUGGAACUGCUCGACGCGGACGGGCUGGUGGUGUGCGCCCGCGGGCUCGGCGCGGACCGGCUCUUGUACCACUUCCUUCGGCUGCACUGCCACCCAGCGUGCCUAGUGCUGGUGCUCAACACGCAGCCCGCCGAGGAGGUGCGGCCGCCGGCGGCGCCGACUGAGGGGACUGCGGGAGCGUUGGGGGCGGAUCAGGUCCUGGCGCGGCGGAUACGGUUUGUAGGCUGCAAACGCAUCUUGGUGUACAGAUCUCACAGAAUAAUUGAGUCCUGUCAAGAAGCAUUCAUCUUGCGUCUCUUUCGCCAGAAAAACAAACGUGGUUUCAUUAAAGCUUUCACAGAUAAUGCAAUUGCCUUUGAUACCGGCUUUUGUCAUGUGGAAAGAGUGAUGAGAAAUCUUUUCGUAAGGAAGCUCUAUCUGUGGCCAAGGAGAACAAUCCGCCACUACUUAGAUCCUUUGUGGCACCAGCUUGGAGCCAAAACUAAAUCCUUGGUUCAGGACUUGAAGAUCCUACGAACUUUGCUGCAAUAUCUCUCUCAAUAUGAUUGUGUCACAUUUCUUAAUCUUCUGGAAUCUUUGAGAGCAACUGAGAAGGCUUUUGGUCAGAAUUCAGGUUGGCUGUUUCUUGACUCCAGUACCUCAAUGUUUCUAAAUGCUCGAUCAAGGGUUUAUCAUGUUCCAGAUGCCAAAAUGAAUAAAAAAACUAAAAUGUCUGAGAAAACAGAGAUUAAAGAAGGGCAAGAAGCAAAAAAGGAACUGGUUCUCGAAAGCAACCCUAAGUGGGAAGCCCUCACCGAAGUACUGAAAGAAAUUGAGGCAGAAAAUAAGGAGAGUGAAGCCCUUGGUGGUCCAGGUCAAGUACUGAUCUGUGCAAGUGAUGACCGAACGUGUUCCCAGCUGAGAGAGUACAUCACGGCUGGAGCCGAGGCCUUCUUACUGAGACUCUACAGGAAAACCUUUGAGGAGGACGGCAAAGCCGAAGAGGCGUGGCUGAAAUUUAGAAAGGAGGGCAACUCAAAGAGGGCCAAGAAGUCUAACAAAAGACCCAAAGACCCCCAAAACAAAGAAAAGGUUUCUCCCAAAGAAAGGACUCUCAAAAGGAAGAAACGAAGGUUGACUUUAACUCAGAUGAUGGGAAAAUCGGAAGAACUUGAAGCCAAAGGGCAGGUUGAAGAAGGCUAUCCGAGAGAAAUAAGUGGCAGCCAAGAAAGUGGUUUAGAAGAAAUGAAGCACGAGGAAUUUGAUUUAAACUUGUCAUCCGAUGCUGCGUACGGAAUCCUAAAAGAACCCCUCAUCAUCAUCCAUCCGCUUCUAGGUUGUAGUGACCCCUAUGCCCUGACAAGGGUACUCCAUGAAGUGGAGCCAAGAUAUGUUGUAUUGUAUGAUGCUGAGCUAACGUUUGUUCGUCAGCUUGAAAUAUAUAGGGCAAGUAGGCCCGGGAAACCUCUGAGGGUUUAUUUUCUCAUAUAUGGAGGUUCGACUGAGGAGCAACGUUAUCUGACUGCUUUGCGGAAAGAAAAGGAAGCUUUUGAAAAACUCAUAAGGGAAAAGGCUAGCAUGGUCAUCCCUGAAGAGAGAGAAGGCAGAGAUGAAACCAACCAAGACUUAGCAAGAGGCAGCACGUCAGCCAAUGUCCCCGCCAACACUCGGAAAGCAGGUGGCCAGGAACAGAGUGAUACACAGCAAAGUAUAGUUGUAGACAUGCGUGAGUUUCGAAGUGAACUGCCUUCUCUGAUCCAUCGCCGGGGUAUUGACAUUGAACCAGUGACCUUGGAGGUUGGUGAUUACAUUCUGACUCCAGAAAUGUGCGUGGAGCGCAAGAGCAUCAGUGAUUUGAUUGGCUCCUUGAAUAACGGCCGCCUCUAUAGCCAGUGCAUCUCCAUGUCCCGCUAUUACAAGCGACCAGUGCUCCUGAUCGAGUUUGACCCCAGUAAGCCUUUCUCUCUCGUGUCCCGAGGUGCCUUCCAUCAGGAGAUCUCCAGCAGUGACAUCAGUUCUAAACUCACGCUUCUGACCCUGCACUUCCCCAGGCUCCGGAUCCUUUGGUGCCCCUCCCCUCACGCGACUGCAGAGCUGUUUGAGGAGCUGAAACAGAAUAAGCCACAGCCUGAUGCAGCGGCAGCCAUGGCUGUCACAGCAGAUUCCGAGACCCUCCCCGAGUCAGAGAAGUAUAGCCCCGGCCCCCAGGACUUCUUGCUGAAAAUGCCAGGGGUGAAUGCCAAAAACUGCCGCUCCUUGAUGCAUCACGUUAAAAACAUAGCAGAAUUAGCAACCUUAUCACAAGACAAACUCACAAGUAUUCUGGGGAAUGCUGCAAAUGCUAAGCAGCUUCAUGACUUCAUUCACACCUCAUAUGCAGAAGUUAUCUCUAAAGAGAAGAUGAAAAAAUGA